AUGCCUCCGAAGAAGCGACCUGCCGCGAUCGCGGCUGAUGAUGACGAAGAAGAGCCUCGGAAAAGUCGGAAGGGGUUCAAGGAAUGGCACAAGCUGCGAGAUGCUCUGUUGCCGUUCAUAGACAAACGAUUUUUUACUUCGUACCCCACGGACCGCUCAAUCGCGAAGAUCGACAAGAAGAAACUGUGCUCGCCGUUCUUUGUGAUCAAAGGCAUCUUGAACAACUGCAGACAGUUGAGUCCUACGUGGAACUUUCCGGAUACCGUCAUCAAGAAAGCCUUGCUAGGGGUGCUAAAGCACGAGGACAGCAUCUACUGUUGGGUCUUGGACAAAGCACAUUUGGCAGAGCAGGUUAAAGAAGCCGAUCGGGAUGCAUGGUCAACCACCAAUUCCUUACGACUCAGUGCUGCUUUCCGACACUACUCGCAAGCCACCCUUCGCCAAAGAGAAUGGGUUCCAAAGGCUGGGGCACACAAACCUCUCAGAAGAUUGGCUUCAGAUGAGCCCACGGGAAAACGUAGACUCAGACGAGUUACUGGCAAGCAGCGAGAUCAGAGCCGUGAUCCACCGAAGGCACAGCCGAAGGCACAGCCGCAGGAUGAGGAAACAGCGGCGGCUUUCCUGGCCAACGAUUGGUUCUUGAACACGCUGGAUGGGAUGAUGGGCGGCUUUGAUCCAUCGGCUAGUGGUGCGAGCUACCUUUCGCCGACUCCUGGUCCAAGUCGACGCCGAGACACGCAGCUGCUGGAGAGCCCAACCGCCGCGGAGCCGCCUCGGAACAAGCGAAAAGCCGACGAAGAAGCGAAGCCCGAGAACAACAAGAGAAAACCUAGUCUGAAGAAGCUGAGCGCUUUUGGGGACGAGAAGGACACAGCCGCCGAGAAAGACUCCGAAAAGCAGUCCAAGGAGAAGACCCGCAAGAAGCACAAGAAGGGUUCCGAGAAGCAGUCCAACGAGAAGGCCCCCGAGAAGCAGUCCAACGAGAAGGCCCCCGAGAAGCAGUCCAACGAGAAGGCCCCCGAGAAGCAGUCCAACGAGAAGGCCCCCGAGAAGCACUCCGACAAGAAGGCCCCCAAGAAGCACUCCGACAAGAAGGCCACCGAGAAGGACUCCGACAAGAAGGCCCCCGAGAAGCACUCCGACAAGAAGGCCCCCGAGAAGCACUCCGACAAGAAGGCCCCCGAGAAGCACUCCAACAAGAAGGCCCCCGAGAAGCAAUCCGAGAAGGCCCCCGAGAAGCAAUCCGAGAAGGCCCCCGAGAAGCAGUCCGAGAAGGCCCCCGAGAACCAAUCCAAGCAGAAGGCCCAGCCCGAGCAAGACAAGCGACAGCCUGGCGAUAUCUGGUGGGACUACGAGAUGCAACGUGCCUGCCUCGAAAGCCAGACCGGCCCGGUGUUUUCUUCGAAGCCCUUUGUGAAAGAGGAUGAGGUUUUCGCUCAAUUCCCCGAUGGUCUUAUGUGGUCGGUUCCGCACCUCGUGCCUGCAGACCUAGAGAGUGGUCUUGGUUUGCCGGCCCCGACUGUUCCCGAACAGAAGCCCAAGGCGACAGCCAGCAAACGCAAACCGAAGGCCGACAAACCUAUCGAGGACUAUGUGUACUCGAUAAUCCGCUGCAAGUACUGCACGCAAGGCUCCAAGAACCCCCUGAUCAAGGUCGAGGCUCGCGAGGAUCGCCACGAUGCCACGAGCAGGUGGGUUCAGAAGCUCCAGCUGGUUAUCCGGACCGGCCUCAGUGUGAGGAAAGCGAUGCACAUCGCCAUGACCUUCGCCGAUUGCUAUGUGUACAUGAACUUGAAUCCGGCGGAGAUCAACUACAGAGGCUGUCGAGAUGAUCUACUGGGUCACGACCACGAUUGGGAAGCUUCAGCUUUGGAUUGGCAAACUGUCAAUUCGCUUGGCUUGAAACACUUCCCGAAGUCGCAACUUGAAUCGUCUUAA